AUGAAUCAUUAGUUUUAGCAAGGCUGUCCAUUUUCAGGUCGGCAAUACGAUUUCUUGACAGAAUCGGAUAAUCAUUUGGACAAGAAAAGAGUCAAGCCCAUCUAAUCAUUCGCUGAUUAUGUUAAUACUCUUCCUGAGCAAAGACAAGCUAAGAUUCACAGGCAGCAUACUGAAAUAAUCAAAAAAUCUCCAACACUUCCCAAGCUUGAACCUGUGAUUCCAGAACUUCAAAAGAUGAAGGAACAUUUCGUUUUGAGCAUGACCAAAAAUAUUGUUCCUCAAUCAUGUCCAGGGAAUCACCCUAUGAGUCCUAGAUGCAAGGUUCAUAUGCCUUUGUCAAUAACACGAAAGUCAUCGAAUAGCCAAAAGUAAAUAAAAUUGUCUCCGAUCACAUCCAAGAGUGCUUUUUGUAUAAGAUUACCGUAAGAGGAGGAUGAUGGUAUCUUUUUGACCAAGAUAGGGGGUGAAGAGACAAUAAGGGGAAUAGCAAGACUGUUUCAUCAGUAUUCCCAAAGCCAUCCAAUAAUUCAAAAAAUUGAUGAUCCUUAAAUGUAUGAAUUGAAAUUUGCUACAUUCCUAGAGUAUAUAAUGGGCAAACCUGUGUUCUUUAACAUCGAAACUCUAAAAUAGAAGCAUAUUCCCUUGCAUAUCACGAACGAAUAAUACAACCAGUUUAAGAGUUAUUUGAUAAGCAGUUUCAUUAAAUGCAACAAGGGUCCACCUGAGUUGAUAUUUGAAUUCAGUGCCCUAAUAGAAUAAUACAAGUAUUGUAUAAUCACUACUGAACAAACUUUUGCCCAAAUAUUCAACAAGAAAACUGAGAACAACACUGAAGAGACUCCAGAAUCCAUAGUAAACUUGGCAGAUUAGACAUAUCAGAAGAUCCAGGAAGACCAGACUCUUUGUGAAUACUUCAUUGGGAUCCGAAUGGACGAACAAGCCAAGAAAUUAGGGAAGAUAGUUCAUCAAAUGAUGGGAUGGGAUUGCAGUGUAGAUUACGUAUUGAAUUAUUUGAGGAAAUCCCAUUAGAAGAUGAAUUUAACCAAUGUGCAUUUCACAUUAUUCAAAUCAUACCUGGUGGAAUCGAUGAAAGACAUAGGAUUGAAAGAAGAUCAAAUAGAAUUGAUCACUCAAAGAAUGGAUGGCUAUAGAAGUUGUAUAGUGAAUUAGGAUUGUUUACUGGACUUCUACUUUCAAUCUUCCACUCUCUUCAAAGUUCAAGUUAAGAAAUAUGAAGUGCUUCUACAAAAGGAUCCCAGAUUUCGCAAUUUCCCCAAUCUCCCUGCUUUGUUAAGACAUGCUCAUUUCCUACUGAAAUAUGUCACCCAUCAACAUCAACCGUUGUUAACCAAGACUGAUCUCAAGACCUUGCACAAACACUGUGUUAUUUAACAUGAAUGGAUCGAUGCCUUCAGAGACAACUUCUUUCAUCUCAUCAAAAACUACACUCUGGAUAGACUCAUUCUGUAGGAUUAUGCAGACACCUGGUUCCAAUUGAGAUACACCAUCAUGAAUCAAUGUACCAUAGAGAGUGUGGUUGGAUAGAGUGUCAUCGAUUCAGUGCAAUUCAAAAUACAAAUCAAUCUGCAAGACAACGAGAUUUACAGUGAUCAUUUCAGAAAUGCCGAUUAUCAGAUCAAGUCUCACAUUAAGAAAAUCAUUGCCUUCAUUUUCAAGAACUCUUAAAUCUAUAAAUCUAAUGACUUGAGGGUUAUCCAUUAUCCACUCAAAAUCAGCGAACAAACCUUUAAUUUAUUUGUUUAAUUAAUCAAAUAAGUUAUGCAAGAAGAAAAGGUGCCUGCUCAACUGAUCCUUCUUGCAGAACAGAUUUGUCAAUAUUAUAGAAAUAGCAUUUGCAAUCUGUGA